GACGAGGGACGAAGGGCUCGCGUGGACUCGUUCGCUCCUCUCCUUCUUCUCGCUUCUUUUCAGGUUGGUGUAAAACCCCAGAAGGCGAAGGAGGGGUUUGUCGAUCGAAAGGAGGGAUUUUUGAUCGAGAAAUCGAGUGAAAGAGGAUAGAAAAUGUCGGGGGCGGCGCAGGAGGAGGACAAGAAGCCGGCCGAUCAGGCAGCGCACAUCAAUCUCAAGGUUAAGGGCCAGGAUGGGAACGAGGUGUUUUUCAGGAUCAAGCGCAGUACUCAGCUACGGAAGCUCAUGAAUGCAUACUGUGACCGACAAUCAGUGGAUUUCAAUUCCAUUGCUUUCCUGUUUGAUGGCCGUAGGCUGCGUGCAGAGCAGACCCCAGAUGAACUUGAAAUGGAGGAUGGGGAUGAAAUUGAUGCUAUGCUGCACCAAACAGGCGGUGGUAUGGAAAAUGUGGAUAUCUUUUAGUUUCCUGAGGAGAUUUGCGAACCUUUUAACGCAGCUAGUGGACACGGUGUUUGGUUUGUCUUAUAGUUUAGACCAUGGAGGCUUGUUAUCUGAUUAUGAACAUUGAAGCAUUAUUUUGUGUUUUUGAGAUGGAAUCCUUGUUGAAAUUGAUAUGCUUUUCCCUAAUUGUUGGAAGAUUGGAUAUUUUCAUGUUGCCGUU